UGUGGUUGCUGCCAAGCCCGCGCGUGCGUCAGCGGGCAGGGGCCGGGCCUCCGGAAGCCGGGAACCCACGUGGGAGUCCGGGCGGCGACCGUGCCGGCUCGGGUGUCAGGGUGUGGGCAAUCUUUCCGAGGGGACUCGGGGCAGUUUGUCCUGCGUGAGGUGACGAGGUGUGGGAGGCCAAGGCGUCUUCACCUGUCCAUUAGUGGAGUCCCGGGCGCUGCUGGAGCCAUGCGAUCCCUCUGGACGGCCGGAGGCUUCGGUCGCCUGCUGGCCCGCCGUUCCUCCACGGUGGCGCGGCCUGGCGGGGAGGAGCUGAGCCGCCUGCUACUGGACGACCUGGCGCCGGCUCAGCGGCUGGAACGCCUGUUCGGCCUGUCCCCGUGCCUCCUGGCCCUGCGGGCCGCCCGCCGGCGUGUGGCCCGGCUCCUGCUCCAGGCCGGUAAGGCUGGGCUGCAGGGGGAGCGGGCCGAGCUGCUCCGGGUGGCCGAGGCCCAGGGCAUCCCUGUCCUCAGGCCCACGAGGCGGAAACUGGACGCCUUGUGCGGCUACGGGGUGCACCAGGGCGUGUGCAUGGAGGUGAGCCCCCUGCGGCCCCGGCCUUGCGAUGAGGCUGCACAGGCGAGCCCAGGCGACGACCCUCAGCAGCUGUGGCUCGUCCUCGAGGCGCUCCAGGAUCCCCAGAAUCUUGGCGCCGUGCUGCGCUCCGCUCACUUCCUCGGAGUGGACAGAGUCAUCACCAGCAGGAGAAACAGCUGCCCGCUCACUCCAGCAGUCAGCAAGGCCAGCGCUGGGGCUGUGGAGGUGAUGGACGUGUUCGCCGCGCCUGACCUGGCCGGCUUUCUGCAGGCCAAGGCCCAGCAGGGCUGGCUCGUGGUAGGCACGGUGAGCUGCCCAGGUCCUGAGGUCUCCCAGUCCUCCAAGGUCCCUAUCACUAGCUGCUUAGAGUUCGUCUGGGACCGGCCUACUCUCCUUGUGCUGGGUAAUGAGGGCUCCGGGCUGUCCCGGGAGGUUCUUGCCUCCUGCCAGCUGCUCCUUACCAUUCUGCCCAGGCGCCCCCUGCCUCCUGGUCUCGAGUCCUUGAACGUUUCCGUGGCCACAGGGAUUCUGCUACACUCCAUUUGCAGCCAGAAGAAGGGUUUCCCAGCACAGGAGCGAGGACAACUCCAAGACAACCCUUGACAACCCUUAGCCACAACCUGAAGGACUCAGAGAGGCCCGGUACCCAGGACUGCCACUGUGGGCAGAGAAACAGGCCGGAUGCGGGCGAGUCGGAGUCAGCACGAGCCAGACGUCCAUCCUCAGGCUUGGAUGUGCUGGGCUCUCGGCCUGCGAGAGCCUGUUUACCGGCUAUAGUCCGGUGACUUUGCAGUAGAGACCCAAACAAGUCGCAUUUCCGGUUGGAAACGGUAGUCUGCUCAUUUCCAGGAUGGGCUAGGACAAAGAGUGUCUGUCCUGGAUCCUGCCAGAUGUGGAGGGGUCAUCUGGGCAUGUGAGGGUGAGGAUAUACACAGGACUAUGACGUCCCUACCCCUCAGGGUGCGGAGGAUGAAAUAGAAUGCGACUUCACAUCCAGGGAGUCCCCAACAGCGGAGCCCAGUCUCUCCAUUAGGUGGCAGUCUUGCUCUCUGCACCAUAGCUUUGCAGCCGCUUGUCUGGGAGACACCUCUCUGCAACCCCUCUGGAGACAGGGAGACUAGCAAGCAGCUCCAGCAUGCUGGCCACUCCAGCCCAGCAGAGGGGACCUAUCACCCCAAGCCCUUGCCCUUGAGUCUGAGAGGCCGUGACUCGGGGUCACUGUUGUAGGACCACUAGGCUUGGUCCUCUCCUCCAGGCUCCCACAAGUGGAGCAGAAGUGACGUUGCUGAGCAGCGGUCUCAUUCUGGGCUGCUUUAAAGAAACAAGCCCAACGCAGCAGCUGCUGUGUGGUGCUGGGAGGGGCAGGCGCAUCCUGGGCAGUAAGAUAUUUCUUUCUUUCUUUCGAGACAGGGUUUCAUGUCCUCUGAACCUAGUGUGUCCUAAAACUUGCUCUUUAGCUGAAAUUAUCUCGAACUUCUGAUCCUCCUGCCUCCACCUCCCAAAUGCAAGAAUUUCAGAUAUACCUCACUAUGCCCAAUUUUUAAGUUGCUGGGCAAGGAUCCCAGGGCUUUGUGCAAGCUGGGCAAGCACUCUACCAACUGAGCUACAUCUGAGCCCUUAGGCUGGAAAAGCCUUGGCUGUAGAAACUGUCCCGAGCAUAAUGAGAUGUACCCACUGGGUGCCAGGGAGUCUGCACCCCAUCUCCCGUUAUGAAACUGAAACUGUGUCCACACAUGGCUGGAUCAUCUUCAACUGCCCUCAUCGAGGGGCCGGGGAAUCGCAACCCUGGUUGCCGUGAGACUCAGACAAGUUGCCUCCACACCUUUAUAUUCCCGGAGGAUAUAGAGAACAACGGGAACUUGGUACCACACCGGAAGUGUGGCGAUGGAUGCUGGUACUCGGCUCACUUUCUCCUUUUUCGUUUAGUCCAGGACCCCAGCCGUGGGGUGGUGCUGCCCACACUCAGGCGACUUGUUCCUCAGUCCUCUCUGGAGCACAGCUAUGCCCCUAGGUGGGUCUCCCAGGGGAUUCCAAACCAGGGUUAGUGUCAAUGAGGAUGAACCGUCAGGGCCCACGAUCACCUCAACCUUUCAAGAAAGACAGCAAACCCUUCAACACCAUUCCCCACCAGCAUUUCCAACUUGAACUCUGUCCCCAGCUGCUGCGAAAGCUCUAGUGUCCGCUGAGCUUGAGUCUGACAGACCCUGCCUCCCUCAGAGCCUGCUGAAGGGAUUUGGUUCUUUCUCUUUUAUUGUCUUGUCAUUUCUAUUAACUCAAAUAGAGAUCUUGAACAUUGCCUGUGCCUUGGAGUGGAAGGGGAUGGUUGUUAAUGCCCAGAGACACCAGAUCAAUUAAAUAACAGUCUCCAGGGAAGGA